AUUAACCUAGCCGCUAUGGCGUCAUCACAACAUCCGCUUGUGAGUCACUGUCCGCACCGUGACCGGUUCACGUCGAGCUGUGUCCUCGCCGCGCGCUCAGAGAUGUCCCGGUUACCGCCCGCGGCUCUGUCUUUAAAACAGUUUCUACAGAGGCAGAGGAUUCUGGGGAUUUACAGGAGCAUGCUGAAGACCAUACAACAGGUACCAGACGAGGCCGACAGGAAGUACCUCAGAGACUGGGCCAGAGCCGAGUUCAAGAGGAACAAGAAUGCCACAGACCAGGAUGCCAUCCGUAUGAUGGUCACACAAGCGAACAACCAUCUGACAGAUCUGCAGAGGUCUCUGGCCUUGUCCGGGAGUUAAGCACUGAGCUGAUGUGGACUAUGGACUGAUGUGGACCGGCUCUCAGUGAAGUCCAUCCUGGGACUGAUGGAGACUCUGUAAGCAUGGACAGGAAACCUGUGAUCAGGUGGUGUCGCUGUAAGGCUGGACUGACGGAGUCGACCUGAAGGCAUCGUUCUGCUGCCGCUCACCGUCCAUUGACGAGGAUCUUUGUUUCAUGACCACAGAGGCAUUACCCCUCCAGGCUACCUGUCACACUGUGUACGUGUGUAUGUGUGUGUGCAUAUUAAAGAGGAAGGCGUGAA